CUCGUCUCAUUGUAAAUUUUCUGAACCAACACAUCAUCAAUCUCUCAGCCCAAACCAAAAUCUACCGUACAAAGGCCGGAAAAAGUCGUAGGAUGCGACGCCGUUUACCGACACGUUUCGGUGUUGUUAUUGCUUUGCCGUCAAGGAAAGGAAACCCCCUCUCUCUAGGAAUAUGAAUGAAGCAGUCAUUCUCUCUAAAAUUGUCCCAUUUCGUUGAUGCGCAAUUGGGUAUCUUCUUUUUCAGUUGAUGUUGUUUUUGUAAUCGAGUUAGAAAUUGGUUCCAAUGAGGGAAGCCAUAAACGGUGAACGGGGAGAGCCAAGCGCACCGUUAGUUGCACCAAAUGAUGAUUUGAGAAAUAAUGGUCUCAUUCCCCAGCUGUUUACCUCUGUACCAUCACUCAAUGAAGCUGCCUCUUAUCUUGCACAAACAACUUCUUUGUUUACCGGCUGUUUCUCUGAUUCUUCUGUAGAACCCUCCUAUAGAGAUUCUGGGAAUUCCAUUUUACAUGCACAGGAAUUAGUAACGUUUUCUUCUGGAGAAACUGGGGGUUCUGUAGCUACCACUAAUGAUCACUCCUCUUCAAGUGGAAGCCAUCCAAAACAUGCUGUAUUGUCUAAUGCUUCAACUGCUGCUCCUCUAAACGGCGAAAUAACAACAACCUCAGAGGGAGAGUCAUCUCAAGAUGCUAGUGGACAUGUAGAAUCAAAUCAUACUGAACAAAGUGGAAUUUCAAUGUUUAAAAGCCUUAUUGACCGGGCACGGCGGACGGUUCGUGGGUCUGCAGAUGAUAUAGGUUGGCUACAACGUGCUUCAGGAAUGCCACCAGUUGAAGAUGGAACUGGAAGAUUCAUGGAAAUUCUUGACAAUAUCCGGCAUGGUCUUCACAAGUUGCCAAACUCGAUGGUGUAUUUGCUGGUUCCAGGUCUUUUCAGCAACCAUGGACCACUAUAUUUUGUUAACACAAAGAAUAGUUUCUCAAAGAUGGGUCUGGCCUGUCAUAUUGCCAAGAUUCACAGCGAGGCUUCAGUUGAGAAAAAUGCCAGAGAGAUAAAAGAUUACAUUGAGGAAAUCUAUUGGGGUUCCAGAAAACGUGUUUUGCUUCUUGGACAUAGCAAAGGGGGAGUAGAUGCAGCAGCUGCUUUAUCACUUUAUUGGUCUGAUUUGAAAGAUAAGGUUGCUGGAUUAGCAUUGGCACAGAGUCCCUAUGGUGGCAGCCCCAUAGCUUCGGAUAUCUUGCGAGAAGGACAGCUUGGGGAUUAUGUUAAUAUACGGAAACUUAUGGAGAUUCUGAUCUGUAAAGUGAUUAAGGGUGACAUGCAAGCUUUGGAGGAUUUGACUUAUGAGAAGAGGAGAGAAUUUUUGACAAAACAUCAAUUGCCAAGAGAACUCCCUGUGGUUUCAUUCCACACAGAAGCUGGCAUUUCUCCUGCCGUUUUAGCCACAUUAUCUCAUGUUGCGCAUGCUGAGCUCCCUGUGGUUGCAGCUCAACCUGCCAAACUCCCAGUGGUAAUGCCCCUUGGUGCUGCAAUGGCUGCAUGUGCCCAGCUGCUGCAAAUCAGGUACAGUGAGAAGAGCGAUGGGCUUGUCACAUGUCGUGAUGCAGAAGUCCCCGGAUCAAUUGUCGUGCGGCCGAGACGUAAAUUGGACCAUGCUUGGAUGGUGUAUUCAUCUUUGAACGAUGACCCAUCUGAAGCAGAUGCCUCCCAAGUGUGUGAGGCUCUUUUGACGUUACUGGUGGAGGUUGGGCAGAAGAGGAGGCAUGAGCUUUCAAUGAAAGAUGAAUGAGGGCAGUGAGGUUGGUUUUUCAUCUCAUUGUCAUGAAGAAGUUGUUGUAAUGAUGUAUCCUUCUUCUUUUCUUAAUUGUUUUUACUCUCUCUUCUCAUUCUAACUGAACAGGCUUAGAGUCUCGGAUUUGGCUUA